AUGGUGAUGUUCCUGUCGCGAAUUGAACGGCAGGCCCUGCUGGGCAUUGCCCUCUGUGUUGUCGUCAUUGCGAUCCUGCAUGAGGUCACACAACUGAAAGAUAUUGCAGAAAGCAUCCAGACGAAGAUUCUAGAGGACCACUAUUCGACCCUCGGGCUCCCAGCUGAUGCUACACCAGCUGAAAUUACCACUGGUUUCAAGCGUGCCAUGACGAAGCUCACAUCCAAGCAGCAGGCAGAUCAGCGGAAUCGAGCCAAAAUAAACGCUGCCCAUGAUGUCCUCUCCAAUUCAGCACUGAAAGCAGCUUAUGACAAAAACAGGAAAUUCGUGAAGCUCACCAGCUCAGUUCUGGCAUCAGCCUGUGUCGCUGUGCCCUUGCUGAUCCUAAUACGGUUCUGUUCCAAGAUGGCAUCUCGCUCAAAUCUUCAUCCCCAAAGCUUCUUGGGGCAGGUCACUACGAGCCUACAGAAGAUGGAAUUUGCCGUAGAGUUUCAGGUCAAGGCACAAGAUAGCUUGGGAGCCGAGCUGCAGAUGGAGAGGAACGGAACCAUGUUGAGGGUUCGUUCUACUAUCAGUGGUGGUUCUAUCUCGGAGCACAACCGCAAGGUGCAUGAUGAAGGCUGUCAUAGUGCUGGGAAAGGGAUGCUUUGGUGGAAUGCGCCAGUUCUCUGGGAGGGUGACAUGCUAGAGUCAGCAAAUGGAACGAAAGGUCAGGCAGCUGAGAUGCUGACAAUACUGAAAUCAACGGAAUCGCUGACCUUGCAGGUUCGAAGGUCUUGGGAGAAUGCCUUGGUGUGGCCGUGGAUUUGCGAAAGACGUGUGACAAAGCUGAACUCUGAGAGGUGGGGGUUAAACCUGCGAAAUGCGAGGGAUAGCAGCAACAGCUUGGAGGUCACCGAAAUCGUGGAAGAAGGUGGAAUUGCUCACUGGAAUGAGGCCAAUCCAGACUUGGCCAUUCGUGUAGGGGAUCGUUUGUUGGCAGUCGACCAAAGUGUUGGCUCAAAGGAUAUGCUGGCCGCUUUCGCAGAUUCACAUUCCAUUUGUCUUUUGGUGGCUAGAGGCAUCCUUAUGCCUCCUCCAACUGCCCAAGCUUCGCAAGAAGUUGUGUGCGGUCCGAUCUUCAAGGGCGAGGGGGAGAAGCUUGGAAUUCGCAUUGGGCUGUGUGUUGACUCACCUCCGGUGCAUGGCUUGCUUGUUCAGCCCGGAAAUUUGAGCUCAAUCGUAGUGAAGGAGGUGGUAAAAGAUCUCCUCGUGGACAGAUGGAACUCUCAGCAACAGCCGAGCAAGCGACUGCUGCCGGGUUGUGUCGUGACAGCCGUGAACGGCUGCCGACAGAAGGACGCGUUUGCCCGCGAACUCUCGAAGCAGCAGGUGUGCAUUUCGUUCACCCCAGCAGCACAUUUGCACGCAGAAAAAGAGGGCACUUCGGCAAGCUGUGCUGCGCGGCCAAUCAGAAUCAGUGUACCUCAGGACCUUCAGCCGUGGGUAGUGCGGACAUUUCGCCCAUGGGUACCGAACUUCUUGUGGCCCAGACCAUUCGAGGAGCAGUUGCGAGACCGCUUGCGAAGCCUACGUUGUGAGUUUUCCUUGAAAGUCCGGAAAGAUGAUGAGAGGCCGAUUGGUCUUCAAGUCAAGCAAGAAGGCGAAGAGUUGCAAGUCGUGGAGGUCGAUGUAGAAGGAGUUGUGCCUCUCAGCUUUGCAGAAAGUCGGUGUCCUCGUGUAGAGUCCGGCGACUGGCUGGUGGGUGUGGACGACCACAGGGUCCCACGCCUCAUGAUGGAACACCUUUCCACGGCAAGUGGAGAAGUUGAGUUGCACUUCGCACGGCAUGCAGCAAAAUGUGCUCCAGAAGUCUGGGAGAUUGAUGUUGAACAGACCCAGAAUGAAGGUUGGGGUCUCGAGUUGUACACGCAGUCCGGGCCACGGAAUUGCAAUCAUGCAGUGCUUCGUGUUCGGGCUGUUGGCCCAGGAGCCAUUGUCACAUGGAAUGAGGCCCAGGAGGCCCAGUGGCAAGUGCAGCCAGGAGAUCUUUUGGUGGGCUGUGAGCCAGAGGUGGAGCCCACGCGAAUCCUUCAGAGACUUCGCGAGGUGCAGAAGGUUCGAUUGCGACUGCUGCGCUGGCACCCUGAAGCGACUCCACCAGCCAAGGAGCAGCCUGUGGCUGGUACUCGUGAGGAACCUUUGGACCCUUCGAGUUGGACGAGCUUUGAGGUCAUCAUCCAGCGAUCUUCAACUUCUGACCGUCUUGGCCUUCGUUUAAGUUCGAACGCCCCAGACCUUCGUGGUACUACAGUCACAGAGGUGAUUCCUGAUAGCCUCGUAGACCAGUACAAUCGGGCGACACGUUCGGUGCACAUUGUGGCAGGGGAUCAGAUCGUGGCCAUUAAUGGAGACGACAAUCCACUUCACUUCCCUGAACACUGCAAGCAGUCUAAAGUUGUAUUGAGAUUGAGAAGGCGUCGACAUGACCCGGAAGGUGGAGAUCGCAAUCCAGAUAAAUCUGGUUCGCAAUUGGAAGCAAGCACAGCUUGCCAAUCGACCAGGAAAGCAACAUUCGAGGAAAGCUCCCCGUCGGAGCAGCUCCAAGAAGAGACCAACAAGCCAAACUUGGCACCUCAAGCCUCGGCACCUCCACCAUCGCCCAAGACCAGCCCUCAGAUUUCCGUGAAGGUCCAGAAGUCCAAGCUGUCCCAAGAUAUUGAGGCUAGUGAGCCCUGCGACGCUUGCGUGGCGUCCGUUCAGGACACUUUGCGAUUGCUGACGCUUCCUCCCGAUCCUGUCAUUGCUACCUUGACAUUGGGGCUGGAUCCCGCAUCCGCAGAGCACUUCAACAAGAGUGUCUGCAAGAUGAAGGACAUUGUGGCUUCCCUUCCAAAUGUCUUGAGAAUGCCAAGACCACUACCUAGCACAAAAUGCUCACUCCGAUGUGACAUUUGUUUUGUCACUGCUUGUCAAUUUGCAAGGAGGUGA